UUGUGUUUUUAGGUUAAAAGCAACGGAGAAUUUAAGGUUUUUUACGCAGCAUAAUAAUGGCUAUGAAUAAAUACAUGCAUCCUCGAAAUAUUUAUAAAAAUCCUCCGGAUUUCGCUAAGCUGUCAAAAGACUUCCCAGAAUUUGCGAACAUUAGUAAAAGGGAUGUAUCAGGAAAAGUAACAAUCGAUUUUAAAGAUCCACAUGCCUUACGAGUGUUGACAAGGUGUCUCCUGAAAUCAGAUUUCAAUCUAGAUGUUAAAAUACCUGAAGACAGAUUAGUGCCCACACUGCCUUUACGACUUAACUAUCUGCUGUGGAUAGAGGAUCUCAUGAAGGCUAUCAAAAGGACUGAACAUGUUAAAGGCUUGGACAUAGGUACUGGAGCCUGUGCUAUUUAUCCACUUCUGGCAACGGCGAAGAAUAAAUGGACCAUGUUAGGAACAGAAAAUGAUGAGGAAAGCCUUGUUAAGGCUUUAGAAAAUGUUCAAAACAAUAAUUUACAGGAUUUUAUUCAAUUAAAACUAAACAAGACUACAUCAAUAAUAGAUUACCUAUUUGGUGAAGAAAGCGGACCAGAGUUUGACUUCAGUAUGUGCAACCCUCCUUUCUACAGUAACAUUCAAGAACUCAUGGAAUCUCGCAGUACUGCAAGGCCACCUCCAAAGAAUGGAUUUACUGGAUCCCCACAUGAGUUGAUCACAGAGGGAGGAGAAUUAGAAUUUUGUAGAAAAAUGAUACAAGAAAGCAAGAGCCACAAAAAUAAAGUCAUAUUAUUCACUACAAUGGUAGGACAUAAAUUUACUUUAAAUGAAUUAUCUGAAGAUCUGAAAGCAGAUGGUAUUAAGUAUACAAGCACAGAAUUCUGCCAAGGCAGAGUGACAAGAUGGGGUUUAGCAUGGACAUAUCAAGACUACAAUAUUUACAAAUUAGUUCCUCCUAGGGAUAAGCCUCGGAAGAAGAUUGCUAACACAGUAUAUCAGUUACCAGAAUUAUCAGAGAGUAUAAGUAAUGUUGAUAUUGCUUUUAAUAAACUUAAAUCCCUUCUGGUGGGGCUAAAAAUAUCCAACAAUAUCCUUAAUAAAAAAGGAAGUUGUAUAUUUCUAGACAUAACUGCUACUGAAAACACAUGGAGUAAUCAAAGACGAAAAAGGCGAAUGCUUCAAAGAAAAGAAGCAAAUGACGCAAAAAAAAUAAAACAUGAGUUCUCAGAAGAGGCGGAGACACCUAUUCUGGAGAAUAAUAAUUCAAAAGAAAAACCUAUCAUGCUUGAAAAUGCAUGUUCAAGUAAUAUUGAUUCUUGUGAUGAUGUUAAAACAACACAAUUUCUGGAAAAUACUGGAGCAGACUUAGAAGUACAACAAUUAGUACAUGCAUUUUUAAAACUUUUCAUAAAAGAAGGCCAUAUAUUUCUUGAAACCGAAUUUCUUGAUGGCACCAGUGGGAAAGAAGGCUUACAUCAGAUAAUACAAUUCAUUAAAAACAACUGGAAGUAA